AUGGACCGAACAGAUUUGUCUGAUCUGGUUACUUCCGUCACGCGCUUCCUCGACCUCAGCCUUAUUGCAGUAAAAGUCUUGAAGGACAAUCAAGGUUUCAACAACCCAUCCAUUGAAGAUACCCUCACGGAUAUCAACGCUUCUUUACUAUUCACUCGUGAUAUCCUCGAGCGAGAGGAUGACGCAGCAGAGACGUCCACAUUUGAAGAACCACUUAUUCACUCGCUGGAGCAGUCUUUGGUCCAUCUCCAGUCAGAUCUGAAGAAGUUCUCCGCAAGCAUCCUGGAAAGCAACUCAAGACGGCAACGUUGGCGUGCUGUGUUUCGAUUGCCUACUGGUCAGCCAAAGCAGAACCACGAGCGCAUACAGCAAUCUAGCGAGAAGCUAAGGGCACUCCUUAAAAGACUCGAUUCCCUAAAUCGCUCAACCAUAAAGGACAUCGAUGUCGAGGCCCCGCUCGAGUCACAUUUGAUUUUGUUGAACAACAGAAUCAAUAUCAAUUCCAUCAUCUCCAAGCCCGAGAAGGGUCAAAAGCUUGGCUUCUCCAGCACCAAGCCUUCGAAGAUUGGCUCAAGGAGCCAGGAAUGGUACUUUGGCUGGAUGGUCCUGCUGGGUCAGGGAAAUCCGUCCUCAGAACGUCUGAAGGAACGGGAGAAAGAGCCUGGUUCCAGCAUCGGCAUUGCUUUCCUUUUUCUCGGCACACCCCUAGGCUCGGGGCAGCGAUAUCCCUAUCUUAUAUGGUCCAUCAUCCAACAACUGAGGGAUGCCAUGUCCCAUACCAGAAUUGGAAACAACAGGCCAAAGAUCACCCGCAAAGGAUCCUCCGACAUGCAUGAGCUUUCCGGACUUUUACAAGAGUCUAUCAAUCAGUAUUCGCACACGUAUAUCAUCAUUGAUGCACUGGAUGAAUGCUCCAAUGAAGGAAACACGAGGACAUUGCUUAUUGAAGCACUUCGCGAAAUUUCGCCACGAACACAUCUUCUUGUGACGUCGCGACCGACAAUUCAGUCCGCGCGUACAUUUCCCAAUGCACCCCAGUUGGUCCAGCUGGAAGUACGUCCGGAAGAUGAGCCAUUGACGCUGAAGGAGUUUGUCGAACCUCAAAUGAGAACCCUAAAGCUGGCCCCCGACGAUAAGAAAAAACUUAUUGACAAAGUAUUGGAGAGGUCAAAGGGAGACUUCAUCAUGGCGCUGCUUAUUUGCAAGCAGCUCAAAGACCGCUCUGAGCAACCGUCAUCAGAAGACUCAGAACCCCUCUUUGUGCAUCUCAGAAAGGUUGCUCAAGCACAACCUGACGACAUACGACUGCUCUGUGGCACCUUGAUGAGCCAGAUCCGCAAGGAUGAACGAUCUAUGAAAUUACUCCAAUUGGUCCUGUUCUCUCAUCGACCUUUGAAAUCCGAUGAAAUCAAGGUCGCCCUUUCACUGUUGGCAGACCCAUUGAACAAGGAAUUUCAAAUCGAAAACGCCCAGCCUGUUCAAAAAGGCUUGCUCACAAGGAAUGCCAGAACCGAUAUGGUACAACUUACCCACGCCAGCCUCCGGGAGUAUCUGGUAUUGGAACUGGAUAACUACUGUCAAGACCCUCACUCAGAAAUCGCUGUUGUCUGCAUGAAGUAUCUGGAGACACAUUUGGCCGCUGAAAAUACUCAACAACACCCUGAGAUCGCGGUUCUAUCGUCAGCUUCUCCUAGCUUACCAUUCUUGGAUUACGCCGCAUCCAACUGGGCAUACCAUGUUCAAAGAGCACAAUACGUGGAUAUUCGAAGAGUUACCUCAUUUCUCAAUUCUCCAAACAUCUCAAGUGUACUUUCCAAAUUCAUUGGCAGCCGCAGCCAAAUAAAAACAACAAUAGUCAAGGAGACAAUGUCUGCGAUACACAUCGUAGCGCAUUUCGGCCUCGUUGACGUUUUGAAGUCCCUCUUGCAUAAUAAGACUUCAAGAAUGGAUGAGAAGACUUCUGUUGGUCGGACUGCAUUGCACGUCGCUUCCGCCGUUGGCAGAGACCAGGUGGUUGCCCUUCUCCUCAAGCAGGGUGCCAACAUCCUGGAGCAGACAGAGGCAGAGAAAUGGACCGCACUACACAUAGCAGCAAGAAAGGGACACCUAUCCGUCGCAAAAGAGCUCGUGGACUACCAAAAUUUACCCACCCAACAAGCUGGCCAAGGCUUAGCACUACUCCACCUCGACGACAAGGCAAAGCGGACACCGCUGCACCUUGCAGCAUCUGCCGGACAUGCGAGUGUUGUUUCGUAUCUGAUCGAUAAAGGGUCGAAAAUCGAUGGUAUCGACGGAAUGGGCAGCUCUCCACUCCAUCACGCAAUCCGGAGCGACCACUUGGAUGUUGUGCGCAUCUUGCUUGCUAAUGGUGCAGACGUGCGGAAGAAGGACCUUGUUUACAAACAGACAGUCACAGAUCUUGCCUGGAAUAGAAGCGACCGAGAUCGUGUGAAAGGCGGCCAAGCAACAUGCCGCGUUUUGAAACACAAAGAGGAAGGACGUCAGGAAUCAAAGCAUUCCUUUAUCUUCGAGAAAAUAUUCGACCUGGGAAACACCCAGACACAGAAAUACCUGCUUACCGAACAUAAACUCCUGAAGAGGCUGAGCCAUGCACACAUUGUAUCAUACCUCGACUACGAAGAGCAUCAUGACCAAAACAGCUUUUCCCUAUACAUGGAGUACUUCGAGGGUGGCGAUUUGUACAGAAAUCACAGGUGGCCGUCCGAAUUGAAGGACACGACGUCGUGGGUGGUGGAUGACUUUGGCUUUCAAAUCAGACCCGAGUCCCGACAAAGCCAAGAAUCAUCGAAAUCCACUACCCCACUCGAAGAGACCAUCGUUUGGGCACUGGUCUAUCAGCUCGCCCUAGCCAUGGCUUACCUUCACCAUGGGUUGAACUUUUCUUCUGAUGGUGGAGAAGCAUACUUUGAAAAGGAGUGGGAAUACGUUAUCCACCGGGAUAUCAAGCCAGCAAAUGUGAUUUUUCGACGUUCUCAUGGGAACAAAUCAAUCGUCGCAAAGCUCUGUGACCUCGGUAUUGCCAGAGAGCGAGGCGUUGGUGUGAGCGCCCCGAAAACGGUGAUUGGAUCCCAAGGGUACAUGCCCCCAGAGUCCCCAAUGUGGACUAUCAAAGCAGAUAUCUGGGCAUUUGGACAGACCAUUCUGAACACAUAUAAGGAAGCUGAAAGUGGGAAUGAGGACAAAAGUACUCCAUUGAAGGCGCUGAUCAAGGCUUGUAUAAAACGAGCAAUGACUAAACGGCCUAGCAGCAUCAAGAUCCUGGAAGAAUGUCACGACCACUUCGAAGAAGACUAUAUGCUGAAAAAUAGACUACCAGAACAAACGAUUCUACAUAUAGAGGCAGUACACAAACUUCUCGGCAACGGAAAGUCUUAUCUCCUCCAGGCUUUUCGGCACGUCAGUAGCUUUCUCGACGAUUACUCGGUCUUUGAUAGCGCCACUCAGAACCGACGCAAGGCCAUCGUCCAUCGGCUGAACCUCUUCAUGGACGAUGGCGUGGAAGAUCUUUUCAGAGACAACCCCGACGACAACUCCAAGCACCUGACCGUCCUCCUUAAAUUUCCGUCCCGAAAGAGUGCGAAGAAAAUGCAUCUGGAACACUUGUGCCAGAUCCAACCAAACAUCAACCACAAGUGGAAAAAAUCCGGAUUGACGGCACUGCACCUCGCUGUACAACAAGGUGACCGCGAGAUGGUGGAGGUUCUUCUCAAACAUGGCGCAGAUACGUCGAUUCGGGAUAUUCAUUCUCAGACGGCUGAAGACUUUGCAACGUCAUGCGGAUCUGAGGGUAUCGAAGAGCUUCUUAGAAGUGGCCCCUCCUCAUCAUCGGGCACGCACUCUGAAAUUGAGAAGGAACAGUCCAGAAUUGUGGAAUCCCCUACCCCACAGAAGAGUCUAAGCAACAAACCAAAGACAAUCACUUUUUCAGAGCCACCUAAAAAACGUCCCACAUGA